UUACUUUAGGGUUUAUAGCUCGCGAUGGGGAAGAGGAAGCAUGGCGAUCGAGAGGAGCAGCGCGAUGCCGAUUCCUCGCAAGCGCUGGAUUCCGGCUCCUCUGGUCGCAAGUACACUGUGAGCUUGGCCGUGUCUGGAUCGAUCAUCAACAAUGCACAGUCGCUAGAGCUCGCCACACGGCUCGCGGGGCAAAUCGCGAGGGCUGCCACGAUAUUUCGAAUCGAUGAGAUCGUUGUCUUCGACGAUGGAGAGAGCUCCGCGAGCUCGUUCCAGAGGACCGGAUGGGGAAGAGAGACGGGUGAGGCGAGUGGUGGCGAGUUUCUUGCUCGAGUUCUUCGCUACUUGGAGGUUCCUCAGUACUUGCGGCGAGCGCUCGUUCCAAUGCACAAGAGCCUCCGAUAUGCGGGACAAUUGCCUCCGCUGGAUUCACCUCAUCAUCUCCGAACAAGCAUGUUGCCAUUCCGAGAAGGAGUUGCUUUGGACAAAAGCUUCGAGAAGAGUCGUGGCAAUGGAUGUUAUGCUGAUGUUGGGCUUGGCCAGGAUGUUUUGAUUCAGGAGACUGUAAAGGCAGGCACCAGGAUUACUGUCGCUAUGGGAUCUACUGACAAAAAUCUGAAGCGAGGAAAGAAAUUGUCCGUCGUCCCUUCCAGCACACCGAGAGAGAGUGCUGGUCUGUACUGGGGCUAUACAGUUCGUGUCGUGGAUCGCCUGACUAAAGCUUUCUCCGAUUCGUCUUUCGAGGAAGGCUACGACUACACAAUUGGUACGUCAGAGCACGGAGAGAAAGUCCUGACUAGCGAUCUUCGCGUUCCUAGUUUUAGGCACGCGCUUAUCGUGUUCGGAGGUCCAGCUGGUCUAGAGGAGAGCCUGGAGCUUGACGGAUCAUCCACGGUGAAAGACGUGAGAGAGCUAUUCACGAGGUACCUAAACACUUGUCCUCUGCAAGGAUCAAGAACUAUACGCACCGAGGAAGCCAUUUUCAUUUCUUUGCAGUUCUUGCAAGAACCACUUCUGCGAGCCGUUUGAUUUUCAUCCACUGCAAAGGAGAAUGUCAAAAUGCGGCACACGAAAUGCAACUCACUCGCGAUCUUUGCUUCC